AUGAACUCCGAAAAAAUCAUCGCGAGGAGCAGCUUGAAGAGGGAUUAUUGUGGCGCUGAAAGCCAUUACCCUUAUCGUUUAUUUUCGGACCUACGCAAUCUGUCGGGGACGACGCUGAUGAAUCUGCUGGCGGCGCUUUUCAUGACGCAACUUCUUUACGUUGUUGGUGUUGGAGGAGUGCCGGAUGCGGAGCUCUGCAUAGCGUUGGCUUUUUCUCUGCAAUACGUGCGACUUUGCGUGCUUUGCUGGAUGCUGACGAUGGCCCACCAUCUGCAUUCUCAGUUUAGGACAAGUUUACAUUUAAAUCCCAUCACGGACAAUGCAAUCGGAAAACACUUCUUCAAAUACUCAGUGUUCGGCUGGGGUGUCCCGGGAAUCCUCUUAGCUGCAAGUAUCAUGGUCCAGUACCACGACAAGGCCGGAAAGCUGCUCGAUACUGCAAGUCUAAAGUCGCAAAACUGCUGGUUUCUUGAUCGAAACGCUUUCAUCUACGGCUUAUUGGUUCCCUCGGCGAUCUUAAUAUCGGUCACAUUGUAUUAUUUGGUGAGAUCGGCUUUAGUGGCACGCUACGUCAUCAAUAUGCAAGUGGAUCGCAAGAUACGUGAUAAAAUGCGGCGUAAGAGGAUGCUGCAUAUUGCUCUUUUUGCGAAGAUCACGGUGCUACUGGGUCUGGUAGUAACUCUCGGCGCUCUGAGCAAACUCUUCAAAUCCGAAGCAGCUUGGAUCGCUUAUCACGUCGGACAGGGUCUCCAGGGCAUCUUCAUCGCCAUGCUAGUGACCUGCAAUUGCCAAGUGCUAAAGCUCUACACACGAAGUAUGAAAUCUCGAGCUUCACGUCAUAUACCAGUCUACGCAAGCAUGGGUCGUGCCUCUUCUACAGCAGCUGUGUCCAAAUCGACCAGCCUCCAGCUCUUGACAUGGGAACCAGCCCCAGAUCCCGUGUAAAUAAAUUAUACGACGCAUAGUGUUUUAGUUAGUUAGGUAGUCGUCUUGACAAAAAAAAUUAUGUCGCGGAGAGUACGUUUCGUGGACAAAGUAGUGAGUACAUAUCACUUGCGAGUAAUAAGUCAAAGGGUUUGCAAUACUUUUAUAUUUUUUUAGCGAGCGGAUUACUGAAACAUGUGAACAGUUUUUUGUUUGUGAUACACACAACUUGAAGUACCUACUUGUACCAGUUUUGAAGUCAUUCGUGUUUCCCGCUACUUAUCACUAUAAACGUGCAAAUAAGAGGCUGUAGAAUAGCCAUUAGAUUCUAAUACACUAAUACCAAAUAACUGAGUAAUUAAAUUUCAUUGAUUUUACAAAAGUAUGCUGACUUUUUUGUUUGAAUUUAAUUUAAAGUCACGUCAAAGUUAUGAAAAAUAAUU